ACAAGUAGUAAUUUAACCUCUAAUACGGCGAUUCAAGUCAGUCCGCACAAAAAAAAGAAAAAGAAAAAUUGACAUUCUUAAGAAUAACGACAAACUAGAUAAACCACGAGCUGAUGAAAUGUGAAAUAGAAAAAAAAAGUUGUGCGGUAUGUUUCAGAUUAUCAGAAAAAGAAAACGCAAAACGAAACGCACUUGUAUUAGGAUACCUGCUGAAAUAGACUCCAGAAAGAGGGGCAGCGCGUCUCAGCACCGCGGCUCAUCACCACCAGCGGAACCAGACGUCUCAGCUUGGGGCCCGAAAUCUCGCGAGAUCUGCGUUGUGCGUCUGCAACUCUCUGCGUUGGGGUGCCCGAUCAUUUAACUCUAUAUCUUAACGUCCGAGGAGGCUGGGGGACAGAAAAGUCGAGCGGACAUCGAAGCGUAGCGCCUCUGCAGAUGGCGUGUUUUAUGGACAAGGUGUAACGUCUGAAGCGUUAAGAUAUUUCAUGAAUAUUGGCGAUCGCUAGCUACCGUUAGGUUGGCGAAACGAUUCCUACAGAUGUGGUGGCUGGAAUCCCGAGAGGAGAAAAAAAAGGGGGCACAACCAAUAAAGCAGGACACAGUGGAGGAAUAAGAGGGCGAUUUUCCUUUUUCUAGGACGCAUGGAAAGACUGGAAGACUGUAUCCGACGGUGGCGUUUAAUAUUUAAAUAGUUCCUAUAUUCUAGUUAUCUUUUUGCGUUAGGACCUGCCCUCACUCGCUGGUGGGGCAGUCUGCUUUCGGGUUUUUAGCUGCCUUGUAACAGGGCCCUAGUCGGGCUGUCUGGGCUCCACCAUGGGCACUAACAGCGAGUGGGUGUUCGCCAGGGCUGCUGUUCUGCGGGACAUGGCUAGAAUGACCCAGGGCUAAAAAUCAGCGGGCCGAAAUCGCCGCUCCCCGCUUUACUUCAGCUAUAUAUAUAUAUAUAUAUAUAUAUAUAUAUAUUUUUUUUUUUUCUCACUGAAGAGAACCACCAAACCCUGAAUUUCCGUCAGCUACAUUUUCAGCGCUGGAUAGAUGGGUUGCAGCAUUUGGUUCCAGGCUAGGUAGCGUGUUAUCCACCUACCUAGCAUAGCUGUCAUCCAGACAAAGUGAGCUGUAUGUAGCAAUAAAAAUAAUGGAUGGCUGACACCCUAUUGAGCCUCCUUCUUAGGAGAGGGGGCGAGAAAGAGACACGAAUAAUAGGAAUCUUAAGUCCGAAAACCAGUACACUACAGUAAAGGGCGAAGACCGAUCCUCCUCAUAUGGCUACAGCCAGCUGAGCCGGGCAGCAGCCGAAGUCGCGCCCCAGAGUUAAAAGCUCCGCAGCCUCCGAGAGACGUGAGAAAUGGAUAAACUCACCAUUAUUUCAGGAUGUCUUUUUCUGGCCGCAGAUAUUUUUGCCAUUGCCAGCAUUGCCAAUCCAGACUGGAUCAACACCGGGGAAUCUGCAGGGGCUCUCACGGUGGGGCUGGUGCGCCAGUGCCAGACCAUCCAUGGGCGCGACAGGACCUGCAUCCCGCCGCGGCUGCCCCCCGAGUGGGUCACCACGCUCUUCUUCAUCAUCAUGGGCAUCGUCUCCCUCACCGUCACCUGCGGCCUGCUGGUGGCCUCCCACUGGCGACGCGAGGCCACCAAGUACGCCCGCUGGAUAGCCUUUACUGGAAUGAUCCUAUUCUGCAUGGCGGCCCUCAUCUUCCCCAUAGGAUUUUACAUCAAUGAGGUCGGAGGACAGCCCUACAAGCUGCCCAACAACACAGUGGUCGGCUCGUCCUACGUCCUCUUCGUCCUGUCCAUCUUUUUUACGAUAGUGGGACUGCUCUUCGCAGGGAAGGUCUGUCUGCCAGGCUGACCUCCCCCCCCACCCUCCCAGGCUGCUUUGUCUGUUUUGGGCUUAGAACCAUGCCAUCAAAGCAAGAUGCAUUGUGGGAUGGACACGUGGAUCGUUAUGACGAUGACUUCUGUUUCCAAGGAAUCAAUCCUGAACCCAAACAGAGGGGGCGCCAUGCCGCACUUUGUCCUCGCCUCCCUUCGCUCACGUCCCAUGUCCAUUGCGAUGCUGGUGGGGGCGGGUGGGGGCAGAGGGGCGGCGGAGGUGGCCAGCUGCAGCUGGGCAGAAACCCCACAGCGUAGUGGGGCUGUUUCAGUGAUCCCAGCCAGCCGGCCCAUUCCCAUCAAUCUUAAUCUUUUAUUAUUAUUGAUGUUUGCGUUUAUUCUCUGUUCUCUUUGAGCUUUUCAAACUCGGAAUCCCCAGUGGAUCCACAGAAGCACGGGACCCUACCGACUGAGUGCCACGCCCUCCCACCGCCCUGCCCUUUUUUUGGAGUGGUGGAAACAUACCUGUCUGCAAUGGUGGGUAUGGAGGGUUCCAGGGAGCGGUAGAAGGUUCCCAUCUCCCGUCUCCUCCCAUCCGUAAUACAGCAGGAGCCACCAGCAGGCUCAGAUUGGGGGGGGGGGGAGUGAAGUGAGAACCUGAGUGGUGUGUCUGGAGUGGGACGUUUUGCCUAACGCCCCCUGAGGCAGGUGAGGUGUCUGGGGGGAGGGGGGGGUGGUUCAGCUGGCCUCAGCCAGACAAAAGAGCAUGAAAAGUGAGAAAUUUCAGCUGAUGAUGUAGUGAUACCAGAUCAGAAAUAAGACAUGGCACCAGGACUGCGGGUGAAGUCCUUGUGGGGCAGGCCUCACGGUGCCUGGGACGGGGGGAGGGAAUUGUGCUCCAGGUUUCAGCCUCAGGCCAUUAAACCCAUUUGAGCUCUGGACUGCAUUUCACAAGUACAACAGGUUUGUUGAGUAAGUCUUACACUUUUUUUUUUUGUUAACAGAGCUUAUGAUCCUGCUUUCAUUAUAUUAUUAAAUUUCUGCACCCCUCCUGUACCGUUUGGUUUGGCUUUUUGUUUUGUUUUGUUGUGCUUGUGCUCUGAUUUGUUCUAUGAAGUAUAUAAAUAUUCAGUGACAAAAGAUGUUUGUUUGCAGAUACAAAUCAGUGAAUGAAAUCACCAGAAUCCUAAUAUACAAAGCAAAAUGUGUUCAUCUCUUUGUUUCGUAAUAAAAAUAUUUUGUUUUAUUUUUGCUUUUUACUAAUUUGUGUCUGAAAGAAUUUGCCUUCAGUUUGUACAGUACAAAUGCUUUAACUUAUUAAGGUCAGAUGUUUUGCAGUAAGUACAACAUUUGUUUUGUUUUUGUUCUGUUUUAGAAGAUUAAGGAAUAUUUAAGAUUAAAAUGCAUCUCUACAGGAAA